ACCGCCGUUCCUUAGGCAAAGUGAAAUAAAUUCGCCGCAGCAUCCCAUAAACUAGUCCCUCUUCUACAAACUGAUCCUCGGUUCGGCCCGCGGCCUGUUGGGUCGGGAGUUGGGGAGGUGGAAUUAAGCUUUCUGAUCUGGUAAAGAUAUCUGAGGAGGAUUCGGGUUGGUUUUCUUUGUAAAGCGCAUCUUUUCCCUGUCCCAUUCUCUCGCUUGCUUCCUGCGCGCAGUGAUACACGGUGUGCUCCGGCCCGGCUGAAUGAGAUUGAAGAAGAGUUCUUGUUUUUAUGGCAGUUCCUCUGUUUUUCACAUAUUUUUAUAAAGAAGAAGGGCAAUCUGCCCGGCCGGUGGGGAUGCGCUGCCCCGCGGUAUGAGGAAAGCCGCACACCGAGCGGAAUAAAGUGGCGCACGGGACAGGCUCCGGGCGGAACAUCGGGCUGGAGGAGAUUUAUUCUAGAGACUGCGUGUGUGAGGAGACCGAGGACUCAGAGCCUGCUGGAGGAGUGAGGACAGGGCUCCCCCACACUACCAGUUGGAUGGUGUUCAAGACAGCAGUCGCUGUGAAGGCUGAGGGAGGUGUGGAAUUUGGGCAGAAGGGCUUGAUGAUGGAGUUACAGAGUCUACAGGAGGCUCUCAAAGUGGAGAUACAGAUUCAUCAGAAGCUAGUUGCUCAGAUGAAGCAGGAUCCGCAGAACGCUGAGCUGAAAUUGCAGCUGCAUGACCUUCAGGCCAAGAUCACAGUGCUGAGCGAGCGACAGAAGAAGGUGGUGGAGCAGUUGAGGAGAGAUUUGCUGGUGAAGCAGGAGUCUGCGGAGAUCAGGCUCCAGACACACACACAGCUCCCUCUACAGGCUGAUGUCAAAACUACCACACUGAUCUCCAACCAGAACCAGAGCUCUCUCCCUCCAACUCACCUCAACACUCCACAGAACUCUGUGAGUGUGACUCCAGUCAUUGCUACUAAGACGCUACCUCUGAUGCUGAGAGCUGCCACGCCCACCACUCCCAUCGCCAUGAUGCCUACGCCCACCAUUGCCAUGGUUACCACCCUCACCAACACGCCCCGCCCCAACCUUCCGAACUCUGACCUGCAGAAUUCAUCGAUAGGACACCAGUCAGCCAGCAAACCGGCCAAUCAGGGAACAGAGCCUGUGCGCAUCGUUCCCAAGAACACCAUUGUUGUGAUGCCCAAAACAUCUGUGGCUUCAGCAGCACUGCAGCCGAUCCUGGCUUCAUCUCAGCAGCCUGUGCUCCUUACUGCCAAGCUCAGCUCUGCUCUGCUGCCCUCUGCAGGCCCAGUGCACCAACUCCACAUCUUUAAUCCCCAACCUGGCACUGCCAAUGCCACGCCUGGGCCCACUAAUGCCACCCAGCCGUGCCCUGGCAGUGCCCAGCCUGGCUUUAACAUAAUCCAGCCCUGCCCCAGCAUCACCAUGACGCUCAGCACCAACAUCAGUCAGUUCACCACAAGCAGCACAAAGCACAACACACAGCUUCCCAGCAUUCUCAUCUCACCCCAGCCGCCCAGCAAAGUCCACGCCGUGUCACCUGCUCCGCCCAACACCGACUCUGCAAAUACAGCCAGCACACAUCACAAACCCCAGGCCAGAGAAACCUGCCCUAAUACCCCUACACCUGACGCUGUGGACAGAGUGGAGACAAAAACAUCAACCAGCAGUUCUGCACCUUGUCCACUUCCAGUGAAAUCACCUCCUUCUACAACCUCCAGCUCACACACUCCAUCACACACACACACACCCAUAACUACACACACUCCCACAGCCAAAAGACCAGAUAACCCACUGAAACUGGCCUUUAUGCUGUCUCUCGGGCUCGUAACACACGACUAUCUGGAGGAGAUUCAGAGCAAACGCCAAGAGAGGAAGAGGAGAACAACCGCUAACCCUGUGUACAGUGGAGCAGUGUUUGAGCCAGAGCGUAAGAAAAGCACAGCAUCGUACCUGAAUUCUGCUCAUGAAGAUUACAGUAAGCGAGGUGGCCCACCCAACCCCGGCAGUGUGGUGGAGUGGGGCAUCGGCCCUUUGACCCCCACCAGCCUACACCCAGCGUGUGUGGGUCCUCACUUCCCCGUCUUUCCACAAUCCCUCUCAUCACAUCCAUCCCCAUCCAGUCCUCGUCUCAGCCUGAGCUCAGUGGGGGAUAUGUUGAAGAAGGAUGAAGUGAUAGAAUGGCCUGGAACGCUUGCUAUAGUUCACUCCUACAUUUCCUACAAAGCAGAAAGAGAACAGGAGAAGCAAAGACUGGAGAAAUGGAGCUCUGAGCUGCAGCAGGAGAGAGAUGAGCUGGAGCUUAAAGCUAAAGAACUGAAUGAUUCCAUCACGAUAUGUACUGAGAGCAGGAAUGGAGUUUUGGCACGGCAGAAGGAAAUGGAGGCUUCGAUAGAGAAGGUGAAGGAUCUAGUACGUCUUAUAAGGGGCAUCCAACUGCCCUGUCUGCCCCAGUUACUGGCCAUGAGCAUUACCAACGGAAACCCAGGCAUUAUACUGACCCAGCAACCCAUCAGCACUCCCAGCUCGGAGGAACCCCAACACCCCAACAGGAAGAACAGCACAAGCUUGAGUAGUCUCUCUGAUGUAGGCAACAUGUUUACAGAUCACAGAGAUACCUCAGACCUUCACCACAAUCCCAUAAUCACCAACAGCAGCAUCUCCAGCGCUGAGAAAAAUGAGGACGCCAGCGAAACGAAGAACACUUCCAUCAGCCAACAUGCUCCUGUCACAAACACCUCUCUGACUCUCAGCAAUACACACAGCCAGAACACCAUGUGUGCCAGCUCGAACGGGACUCUGGAGCCCAACGAUGGAUACGAGGAGAGCGAAAACCAAAACCGUGAUCAAGGCUGCACAGGAGACAUCAAUAAAAACAGCAUCAGGGACCUCAGAGGAAGUGUGGAGCCUCCGUUGCCUACAGUAAUGCCCAUUGCAGAGGUAGUACAAGGUAUAGAGUAGAAUCUGAUUACAGCGUGGCGUGCGCCCCCUUCUGCCCCCUUCUGCCCCGUACACCUCCGAUCGAAAAGUGUCCUGAGUUGGCGUUUAAUGUUUUUCUGUUUCAGUGUUGUCGUAUCUGUAAGAAUCCACAGUGCCAUGAGCAGGAUUAAAACGUUCUGAAGUACCAGCACCUGAAAAAAAAAAAAAAAAGAUG